AUGAACUCAAUCAAUUCCUCCGAGGACAACACGCCUGCUUCUUCUCCACGUACCUCUCGCUCGUCCACACCCGGCACUGAGAAAGACGACCUCUUCGAUUCCCUCCCCGCGGCGAACAAUGGCAAGUAUGUGUUGGUAACAGGUGGCCUCGGAUUCAUUGGUAGCCAUACCGUCCUGGAGCUCCUCAAAGCUGGCCACAACGUCGCCAUCGUGGACGAUCUGAGCAACAGCUACAGCGAUGUCUUCAGUCGCAUCAUCAAGGCCGCCAACCGUCACUUCGACACUCACGGCGGCAUAUGUCCCAAGGCCGAGUUCCAUAACACCGACUAUCGCAACAAAGUUGCCAUGAGCAGCCUCCUCGACUCCCACGCUACCGGUCCCAAUGGCUCUUCCAAUAUCUCCGGUGUCAUUCACUUCGCCGCAUACAAGGCCGUGGAGGAGAGCAUACGUCAGCCAUUGAAGUACUAUCUGAACAACAUCAAUGGCCUUGUCGACUUCAUUGUCCUGCUAGAGGAGUACAACAUCAAGACAUUCAUCUUCUCGUCUUCGGCAGCAGUCUAUGGUAACUUAGCGGACGGCAGCCAGGACCUCCGGGAAGAGCACUGCGUCCAUGAGGAGGAGACAUACCUUCACCACGAUGGCACCGACCGAAGAUCCCAACCUGGUUAUACCGGUAUCACCAGCCCUUACGGCCGCACAAAGUUCUUUGGCGAAGCCAUAUUGUCGGACAUUGCAAAGUCGGACCCGUCGUGGACCAUCAUUGGGCUGAGGUACUUUAAUCCUGUUGGCUGCGACGUAUCGGGUCUUCUUGGCGAAGAUCCCCGCGGCGUACCCUCCAAUCUGCUGCCCGUCGUCGUCAAAGUCGUCACUGGUCAGAUUCCUGAAAUCUGCGUCUAUGGAAACGAUUGGGACACGACCGAUGGCACCGCCAUCCGCGAUUUCAUUCACGUCACUGAUCUUGCGAGGGGUCACAAUGCUGCACUUUUCGCCGCAUUGAACGGCCGCAUCUGCCACGGCUUCCGCACUUUCAACCUUGGCGGCGGAACGGGCUAUUCUGUGCUCGAGGUCAUCAGCACUAUGGAGGCAGUAACUCAAAGACCUGUCCCCACCAAGAUUGUGGGCAGGAGGGAUGGUGAUGUGCAGUCAUCGGUUGCCGCAGCUGAUCGUGCAAACAUCGAGCUGGGCUGGUCCACAAAAGAAACUUUAUUCGAUGCUUGUCAAGAUACCUGGAACUAUCUAAAACUCAAGGGCUACUAG